UGGAUUGUGUGGAAGUGUAAACUGGUUCCAGAACGGUUUUAAAAGAGGAAACCAAUUUGUCCCGACUGUCACAUGCACAGCACAGCACUGUUUUGGCCGCGGGCAGCAUAUCAUUCUUAGGAACGUGAUCAGAUACCACAUGACCCAUCUAUUCAACGUUAGGGAAAUCAAAUAUUUAUCUGGGGACAUGGAUCAAGUUUACCUCAAACUUUAAUUCAACUGUCUUCUCUAGUAGCCUACUUGUGCUUGCGGACCCAUUUUUUGGUUUCUUAGGGCAGUUAGAGCGACAGAGAGAGAGAGAACCGGAACUAAGAAGCAAAUUGAUCUCCUAAAGAAGAGGACAUCGGAAUUACUUAUGAAUGUUGUUGAGGCUUGUCCAAAUAGCCAGACAACCAUGGUAACACCAGUGCAACUUUUUAUCACAUUUGUGCUUCUCGUGUUGAGUUUGGCAGACGAUAAUAAACUAAAACACAAACCAGCCUCAAAACCGGUCCGACUGUUCACAGACGAAGAUUUAAAAAGGCACGAUGGGAGUGAGGACGGGCAUCCCAUUUACAUGGCCAUAAAAGGAGUGGUGUUUGAUGUCACCAAGGGGAAAGAGUUCUAUGGGAAAGAUGGACCAUACAAUGCCUUGGUUGGAAAGGACUGCACCAGGGCUGUGGCCAAAAUGUCCCUUGAGCCAGCUGAUCUGACUUCUGACACUACGGGCCUUACUGAAGAGCAGCUCCAAUCCCUAGAGAGUGUAUUUGAGGGCACGUACAAGACAAAGUACCCUAUUGUAGGCUACACUGCCAUACGCAUCCUCAACCAGGAUGGAAGCCCCAAUGAGGACUUCAAGCCUGAAGACCAACCUCAUUUUAACAUCAGAGACGAGUUCUAAUCCAAAGGAGUUUUUUUUUUGUGGGUACUUUUUUUUCUCUCUGAUUAUAUUUUGGUACGCCAAAAAUAAACUGGAGACCAUGAAGAUUCAAUACUGUGUGAUCCUCAAUUUGCUCCUGAUUUGAAAAAUGAUUAUUUCUGAAUUCCCAGUCAGAUCCAUUUGUUAGGACUGCAUGUCUGGAUGUUCUGUGACGAAGCCCGUAAGGGUGGCCUUACCAAGGGAUAGGCAGCCAUGUGUUUUAGCUCUCUAUUUUCCUUUACCUUAUUUGGAAACCAUAUUUAUAUCUUUUAAAAGAGAUGUUAUUUUUUUAGAUAUCAUUUUAUGUUGACGUCAAUGAAAACAUGGAAUGUUUGUUACUAUGAAGGUUAGUCAAAUACUCUUUGUAAAAUGUAUUUACAUUUUAAGAACUGAAUGUUUUCCGUUGAUCAUUUAAAUCAUUGUAAUUGGUUAUAAUGAGCUAUGAAGCUGCACAGGCCCUAUACCAUUAAUUCAAUGUUAAAGUACUUUAAAACAUUAUUAUUAUUAUUAUUAUUAUUAAAAUAGUAGGAGCGAAA